AUGCCUGCCACCACCACUGCCCUGGCCCGGUCUGGCGCCCUGUCCCUGGCACGUGCCGCCCGCCGCACCAGCACCAACACCCUCUCGACCAACACACUUCUUCACCACCAUGCCUCUACUUCCCUUUCUCUUACACAACAUCCCCGCCAUGGUCAGCCACGUUGGUCAUCGCACUCGCCCAUGGGUGCCGCCGCCGCCAAUCCCCGCAAAAAGGUCACCAUCAACACCCUGAGGUCGCAGCACAAAAAGGGCGACCCCAUCACUGUCCUCACCGCGCACGACUUUCCUAGUGCCAUGGUCGCUGACCACGCCGGCAUGGACUUGGUUCUUGUUGGCGACAGCCUGGCCAUGGUGGCCAUGGGAAUGGACGAUACGAGCGAGGUUUUGGUGGAGGAGAUGCUCCUACACUGUCGCUCUGUCGCCCGCGCCACCAAAUCCGCCUUUACCAUUGGUGACCUGCCCAUGGGCAGCUAUGAAAUCUCCCCUGAGCAGGCCCUUGAAACCGCCAUCCGCUUCGUCAAAGAGGGCCGCGUCCAAGGCAUCAAGCUCGAGGGCGGCCGCGAAAUGGCGCCCGCCAUUCGCAAAAUCACCGCUGCCGGCAUCCCUGUCCUCGGCCACGUUGGCCUCACCCCGCAGCGCCAAAACGCCCUCGGCGGCUUCCGCGUCCAGGGCAAGACGGCCGACGCCGCCAUGGCCAUCCUCGACGACGCUCUCGCCAUCCAGGACGCCGGCUGCUUCGCCAUGGUCCUCGAGGCCGUCCCCGAAGACGUCGCUGCCAUCAUCACCCGCAAGCUCGCCGUCCCCACCAUUGGUAUCGGCGCCGGCGCCGGCUGCUCUGGACAGGUCCUCGUCCAGACCGACAUGACGGGCUACUUCCCCCCGGGACGCUUCCUCCCCAAGUUUGUCAAGCAGUAUGGCAACGUCUGGGCCGAAUCGAUGCGCGCGAUUGAGCAGUACAGGGACGAUGUCAAGAGUGGUCAAUACCCGGCGCCCGAGCACACGUACCCGGCUCCCAAGGCCGAGGUCGAGGCAUUUGCCAAGGCUGUUGAGAAGCUGUGA